AUGGCGUCCUCGCCCUCGUCCCCGAAGACGUUUACCUCUCCUCCAUCCGAAACCGAAACCUCUUCGCCUCAAAAUACCAUGCCUACACGCGAUCGCUCAGCAGGGCGAAAUGUCCACAUCUACGACUUGAAUAAUCCUACCACCGUAAUUGGCGGCCUACUCCUCCUACCCGGUGUCACAAAUGCCAACUUCUAUACAAUGAUAGAGAUUAUUAUUAUAUUCGAGGGCCCUUUCUUUCUACAAAAUGAGAACGAAACGACGAUCGAGAGAGACGACCAUCCACUUCAACCUGGAAAGUAUUACAUUGUUACUACUAGUUCUUUUCAGCUCAACAAUGAGCCAUGGCUCGUACGGACAAUCAGUCUAGCUACCGGAAGUCGUGUUGCUACCUUCACCGAGGCUAUUCGUUCACGAGAUCGUCAAUGUAUCAUAUCCGGAGAUCCUGUACCUACCUUUAAUGGAAUGUCCUUCUGGGAGAAAUUCGAAGCUGCGCAUAUUUUCCCACUCGCCUACGAAGGUCACUGGGGGAAACAUGACUAUAGUCGAUGGAUUACAAUUCAACCGGAAAAAGGAGGAUCUAUCAACUCAGUACAGAAUGGAUUAUUACUACGACGCGAUAUCCAUAGUCUAUUCGAUGCAUAUCUCAUCGCAAUCAACCCGGAUGAUAACUAUAAGGUUGUAGCCUUUGGGCCUACUGGGGAAAAUAUCGAAGGCAAGCAUCUUGAUCGGGAGUCAUUUACUCGCCCUGAUGCGCCUAUUGAUCCGCUUCUACGAUGGCACUUUAGACAAGCUGUCCUAGCGAAUAUGAGGGGUGCUGGAGAGCCGCGCUUCGAACAUGACCUCCCGCCUGGUUCUGAUAUUGUUGGUGAGAUACUUCGGGGUCCGAAGUCAGGUGAAAGAAUGGAAUUUGAGCUGUUUAGUCGUCUCGGUGCUCAAAUGGAGUUAUAUCCGUCGGCAGGCGGCAUCAUCGUCGUCCUAACGGGGUCGCUACUUAAUUCGACCACCGCGAGCCGAGGAGCAUGGGCUGUCGUCUGUAGUCUGUGGGCUGUGGGCUGUGAGCUGUGGGCUGUGGGCAACAAAUUGAGUCAUUGUCAUGAAUCCUUCGAGGACACUACGUGUGAUGAACACAUCACAUAUUGCAUGGGAUGCUCCUUGGCCGACGAGAUCUACGCCCUCAACGCCAUCUACGGUGAGGGUCAGUUUGCCGCAACCUAUUCCGAUGCGCACCACACGACCGUGUCAAUGCGACUUCCUGGGCUCAGCUAUUCAUUCCUGCUCCAUGUUCUGGACGACUAUCCUCAAUCGCCCCCGAAGGUACUCGGAGUCGACAACCUCGUGGAGAGCUUGAAGCAGGAAGUCCAACAAAACGCCGUCUACUUGGGAGCGUGUGUCCAGGCCGUCCACUCCUCCGAAUCUGUGUGUCUAUACGAUGCCAUCGAGGAGUUCCAGAAUGUUUACACUGUCCUGCAAGCGCAUACUCGUCAAUCUCGAGACCCGAGAGAGGACGCGCAACUGAAUUCGGCUAAAAGAGCCAUCAUACUGAAAGAUUUGGCGGCCCGAACCAGGGCGAAGGCAUCUGCAGGAGGCCACGAAAGCAUCACCACAGAUUCACGGUUCGAUGUAGUCGACUGUGUUGUUUAUGGUGCCCGGAACAUGUUCAAGACGAGAAGCGAGAUCAAGUGCUGUGGGCAGAGUGUACCACUCAAAGUGAUUCGCGAGCACGGCGGCCUCGACGCAGAGGCUGUUGACGUCCUCGCCCACUGGCUUGAGGAAGUCCACGCCCCGAACCCGGUAUAUUGCCCGUGGGAAGACUGCCUGGCGCACAUUCCGAGUUUUUGGGUCAAGGGAGACUACGUCAAAUGCCCUUUCUACUUGGGAGAGGAGCGGACCGACCUGCGACUGUGGAUUCUUUCGACCACUUGA